CCCCCUCACCCCCCUCACCUUCCCCCCACCCCCCGCAAAAACACCCUCACCAACCUAACCUCCCCCUUUACUCCCCUCAACCACCCCCACAUCCCCCUCUAACCUUCCCCCUCACUCCCCCUUACCUCCCCCUCCCUCCCCCUCUCUACCUCCCUCUACUCCCCUCCCCUCCCCCCUCCCCCCCUCGUACGUUCCCCCUCACUCCCCCCCUCACCUUCCUUCUCACUCCCCCUCUACCCUCCCCUCUCUCCCUCCCCCUCAACGUUCCUCCCCUCUACCCCCUCACCUCCCUCUCACUCCCCUCUACUCCAUUCCCCCUCUCUACUCCCCCUCUACCUUUCCCCUCACUCCCCCUCUACCUCCCCCUCACUCCCCUCUACCUUCCCCCUCACUCCCCCUCUACCUCAAGCGGUUCCCCUGUCAACCCUGAUUUAGCCCCCAUCAGGGACACACCACUGUCUUCCUCCUCCUCACCUCCUCACUGUCCUCCUCCUCCUCUUCCUCCUCCUCCAUCACCUCCUCACUGUCCUCCUCCUCCUCCUCCAUCACCUCCCACUGUCCUUCUCCCUGUCCUACUCCUCCUCUAUCACCUCCUCCCUGUGGUCUGACCCUUGACCUUGUGGUUAGACCUCUCAGUCUGCUCCUGCUGCCUGCAUGUGCCUCUGUGUUGUACUGUAACCAUAAUAAAAGCUUGUCCCCUCUGUCUCCCUCUGUCCCCUCUGUCUCCCUUUGUCUCUGUGUCAUAAAACCUUUGUGUCCCUCCCUACUCCCGGUUGCCCCCUCACUUAACCAGAGCUUGGCUUCUUCCUUCACAGCAUGUGUUUCUCCCCUUCCUACUCCCACACCUCUCCCCCCACUGAAAAUCAUCUUCAGCAUGAUUUAAAAAAGCACCUGGUGGCGUUGCCAUGCUAAGAUGUUGCCUGUUCCUGCCCCCGAAGGCCCUGAUUGGUACUGACAGACAGUAUUGUAUAAACAGCUUGGCUAUUUCUCUGAUCCAUUUUCUCUUUGACCAAAGCUGGGUUGUCUAAAGGACUCCCUCCACUCCCUCAUCCCCUCUCCCAAUCCUCCUGUCUGUUAGACAGGGUUCUCCUGGCUGCUCUCUGACCAGACUCUGUUCUGUUCUGUGUGUCCCUUGCAGGCAGCUGUACCUCCAAGAGGCAGCAGAGAGGGCGAGAGAGGCCAAGGCCCUGGAUAAGCUGUCUAAAGAAGAAUACCUGAAGAUGAUGCUGGAGGAGAGUGGUCCUGUGGAGGACGGACGGAGGAAGGUGAGAUGGUUUACCUGUUGUUACCUGUCACACCAACACACACCUGGAGGAGAGUGGUCCUGAGGAGGACGGACGGAGGAAGGUGAGAUGGUUUACCUGUUGUUACCUGUCACACCAACACACACCUGGAGGAGAGUGGUCCUGUGGAGGACGGACGGAGGAAGGUGAGAUGGUUUACCUGUUGUUACCUGUCACACCAACACACACCUGGAGGGAGGAGAGUGGUCCUGUGGAGGACGGACGGAGGAAGGUGAGAUGGUUUACCUGUUGUUACCUGUCACACCAACACACACCUGGAGGGAGGAGAGUGGUCCUGUGGAGGACGGACGGAGGAAGGUGAGAUGGUUUACCUGUUGUUACCUGUCACACCAACACACACCUGGAGGAGAGUGGUCCUGUGGAGGACGGACGGAGGGAAGGUGAGAUGGUUUACCUGUUGUUACCUGUCACACCAACACACACCUGGAGGAGAGUGGUCCUGUGGAGGACGGACGGAGGAAGGUGAGAUGGUUUACCUGUUGUUACCUGUCACACCAACACACACCUGGAGGAGAGUGGUCCUGUGGAGGACGGACGGAGGAAGUGAGAUGGUUUACCUGUUGUUACCUGUCACACCAACACACACCUGGAGGAGAGUGGUCCUGUGGAGGACGAACGGAGGAAGGUGA